AUGGCGGCGGCGGGAACACCGCAGAAGGAAAGAAUCACUGCGCAGAAUGGCACUUAUGAGGUCACCAAACCACUCGCCACCGGAACCUUCGGCUCCAUUUACAAGGCGAAACGUGAGAGCGAUGGAAAAUUUUUUGCUGUCAAAUGCGAAUCGCUGAAUAUGAAAAACUCGGUAAGAAUUGGGACCAAAGACCUGGCUUACUAAAAUGAACGGAUGCGAUUCAGUUGCUCCGUCAGAUGUCUGUCGUUCUUGCCUCGAUUCACUACCCUUCUCCGUUCUUCGUGACUAUCGAGGAACGUGGAACAGUGCCUAAUCGAUUUCUGUUCGUCGUCAUGCCGCUGGUGAACAUUUUUUUAAAUGGAAUGCUCAUGCAUAUGUUACUUUCAGUACGGCGAUAACUUGCACGAUCUGAUGCACAGCACCAACAAGGACAAAAAGUUCAGCAUGGCGACUGGGCUUCAUUUGGCCGAACAGACUCUGACCGCUAUUCGGGAUUUGCAUCGCAACGGAUUCAUUCACAGAGACAUCAAACCGACGCACUUUUGCAUUGGACGCGAGUCCGAAGAUCAAUAUCACAACGUUUUCCUACUCGAUUUUGGAUUGUGCAAGAGACCGAGGUGCGCGUAUGAGGGGAUUAGUGACUUGCCUAUGCUGAGCCAAUGCCAAUGCAUGUCUGAUUGUGUGAUCCGGAUUUUCUCCUUUGAAAAUACCGCCUCCGUAGGCAUCCAAAUCGGCCUCCACUUCACCUCCCGAUUCGUUUGAACUAUCGUAGUCCAUUCUGAAAAAUAGAGAUAGGUAACUAAGAGCGUCGUGAAAACAAAACGAGGAGCGAGAUUAGAAGCGAGCAGGAGCGUGUGGCUCUUAUGCGCAAGCGAGACGGCAGACUGAGGGGGUACUGGCCGGCACGCUUGAAAGAGCAGAACAGAGAGAGGAAGGACGGAGACUAAUUGAUCACAUGCCCGUAGAGAACAGAGCAUAUACGUCAGGUAUCAAUAAUUCUUUGCAGAUUCGCCAAGAAGAACGACGAAGCCGAGGAGCAAAUUCGGAAAAACGCCAUUCUUUAUAGAGGAGUCGUCAAAUACGCUAGUGUCCAUGCCCACCAAGGGGUCAGUUCUUUAUCAAUUGGGAGAAACAAAAAAGUGACAUUUUAGAAGAACCUCGGCUACAGAGAUGACAUGGAAUCUUGGUGGUAUAUGUGCCUCGAGUUCUUCCUGGGCGCACUUCCAUGGGCUCUUCUGAACAAGGAAAGCGAGCAGGAUGUGCUUCAUUUGAAAAAGAGAAUCACUGCCCAAAUGAUCGCCGCCGUCUGGAGAACCACUCCGGAGACGAUCGCUGGAUUCUUCGAGUUUCUGAGCAUCAUUCGCGAGCCGAAAGACGUCGCCGAGUUUGUCGACUACGACAGACUCGCUGAUGGAAUCACGAAGCUCUUUGAGAAAUCGAAAGCGAAUUCGCAAGAGCCGCCAGACUGGGACUGCAUGAGCGACUACAAAGGACCGUCAUACCAGCAGGUUCCGAUGAUUGCACCGCCCGAGGUCGGACUGAAAGAUGCGGAUUUCGGAAAGAACGACCCCGGAGCUGGGGCUGCUGCAGUACAGGCGGAGGCAAAGAAAGAGAAAUCGGUCAAAAAGAAAAAGAAGGGUGCGAAGGUGAGCAGUGAACUCGAUUUGUCCAAUUUGUUCACAACUGAUUUCAGAAGACAAAGAAGAAGGGAAAGAACAAAACGGUCUCGGAGGAUGAUGGUUCGAGAAUGGGUUGA